CUCUUAUUGAUGCCUCCAGCAAUAUGCAGCUCUGGUAACCCUGACCACCAGCCUGACGUAGCCUCUGUGAGCUCUGAAGGCCAGGCUUGCUUAGAUUUUCUCAUUCGAGUGGAGUACACAAAGCUGGGUGCUCUUCCUCCUCCUCCUCCUCCUCUCUCCUCAGGCCAGGUCAGCCAUGCAUCCCGUUCAAGAGGACCAAACCAUGGACAAUGAGCCGAAAGAAAAAGGAGCCACUGAGCCGUCAUUUGCAAUAUCAGAUGCAAGCCACCUGGCCAGCAAUAUCAUUCCUGCAGAGUCCAAUACUGAUGGUUUGGAGGAAAAUCUGAGGGAGCAGUCUGGGGGUAACCUCAUCUAUUCCAUCAAUGAUCGCCCACCGUGGCACCUCUGCCUUCUACUGGGCUUCCAGCAUUACAUACUGGCUUUCAGUGGGAUCUUGGCCAUCCCUUUAAUCCUCGCCGAGCCGUUGUGCAUUAAGGACAACAAUGCAGCCAAGAGCCAGCUCGUCUCCACCAUCUUCUUUGUGUCAGGAAUUUGCACCAUGCUUCAGACCACCAUCGGGACCAGGUUGCCAAUCUUGCAAGGAGGAACGUUUACUUUCAUCACACCGACACUGGCUAUCCUGGCACUGCCCAAGUGGAAGUGCCCAAAGGGGAGCGUGAUUCCUGACCUCAAUGCCACAGUAGCCGCUGUCUCCCGCAUAGACCCUGAGGAAGUGUGGAAAAUGCGCAUACGAGAGAUCCAGGGAGCGAUCCUGGUGGCGUCGUUGCUUCAGGUGGUGCUCGGACUCUCAGGGCUGGUGGGGUUUGUGCUGAAGUUCAUCGGACCACUGGCUAUCGCUCCAACCAUCAAUCUGAUCGGGCUGUCACUCUUCAUCCAAGCUGGGAAGAAGUCAGGAGCACACUGGGGCAUUUCAGCUCUGACAGUGUCUCUCAUCCUUCUCUUCUCCCAGUAUCUCAGCAAGGUCAAAGUCCCUCUCAUUGCUUACAGGGACAGGAAGUGGAAAGUGUUUCAUUACCCUCUCUUUAGUCUGUUCUCGGCUUUGUUUGGGAUGUCUGGAGCUUGGCUGGUGUGCUUUCUCCUGACAUACUUCAGUGUUCUGCCCACUUCGCCGCACGAGUACGGCUACCAAGCCCGCACAGACAUCAACCUGGACGCAGUUAGCAGUGCUGAGUGGUUCUUCAUGCCUUAUCCAGGGCAGUGGGGUCUCCCGACCGUGAGCAUCUCCUCCGUCCUGGGCAUGAUGGCAGGGGUACUGGCGUCUACCAUGGAGUCCAUCGGGGAUUACUACGCCUGUGCACGGCUCUCUGGUGCCCCGUCUCCACCCACCCACGCUAUUAACCGUGGCAUUGCAGUGGAAGGCCUGGGCUGCAUCCUGGCGGGGCUGUGGGGCAGCGGCAAUGGGACGACAUCGUACAGCCAGAACAUUGCUGCCUUGGGGAUCACCAGGGUUGGAAGCAGGCUGGUCCUGCAGACGGCCGGCCUCCUCAUGGUCGUCCUGGGACUCUUUGGGAAGUUCAGCGCUGUGUUCAUCACCAUCCCGGAGCCGGUGAUCGGAGGCAUGUUCCUGGUUAUGUUUGGGAUGGUCGCUGCUGUGGGAAUAUCAAACCUGCAGUACGUCGACUUAAACUCCUCCAGGAAUCUGCUGAUCUUUGGUGUUUCUAUCUUCACUGGACUUGUGUUGCCAACAUGGUUUCAUUCAAACCCAGACACCAUCAACACAGGUAUAACAGAACUGGAUCAGCUCAUCAUGGUGCUCUUCACCACCCCUAUGUUUAUUGGUGGCUUCUUGGGAUUCAUCUUGGAUAACACUAUUCCAGGAACGGAUGAAGAACGAGGGAUAAAGCGUUGGAGGAAAACCGUUGAUGGCAGUACUUCAGCGGUCUUCAGCAAUCAGUCGUGUUACGAUCUGCCUUUCUGCAUGAAAUUCCUUCAUAAAUUCGAGUUCCUCCAGAACCUUCCAUUCCUCCCAUCCGUUAAAUCUCUCGACCCCCUGGGAACGCGCCUAUAAAACCUUCAGCCUUUUUAAAAGGAUGUGUAAAUCAUUGUGAUCGUUAUUUACUGGACACAAUGAACAAUUUACUGUGAUUUUUUUUUUAUCAAACACUGCAUUUCCUAGGCUGUUUGUACAGACGUUUCCUGUAACCAUAGUUCUGUGCAUUAAAUCUAAAGUAAUUGUGGUAUGAACACAUUAUUACAGUGUUCAAGUAGUUGAGCUCAUUUUUAUAGUAAGAAAAAAAAUGGGAACAUGCAUCCUGGCCAAAAUAAAUAUAAAUAUAAAGUCUUGUCGCUCCAUAA